GGAGAUCGUGACACAGACGGUGCUAUGAUUCUGCCUGUGGUGGUUCUGCUGGUGCUGCUGCUGUUCUGUGGACCUGAAGCAUCUCUCCAGGGAGGCACUCAGGAAAUCCUGAGCAGUGAUGAAAUCCUGGAAAGGGAGUUCAUCGAUGUGGCACGACAAAAACAUGCAGCGGCUACUGAACACGUCACUCCAGUAACAGACAGAUGUUCUUACACCUUUAUUGUUCCACAGCAGAAAAACCACAGGGCCAUCUGUGUGAACUCCCAGGAGCCCGAGGCCUUGCUGGAGAACCGAGUCCACAAACAGGACCUGGAGCUCCUGAACACGGAGCUACAAAAGCAACGGCAGCAGAUUGAGGCACUGCAGCAGUCGGUAGAGGUUGAUGGAGGUGUGGUCACUGAGGUCAAGCUACUGCGCAAAGAGAGCCGCAACAUGAACUCCCGUGUUACACAGCUCUACAUGCAGUUACUGCACGAGAUUAUCCGCAAACGGGACAAUGCUUUGGGGGUGUCACAGCUGGAGAUCCGCGUACUCAACCACACAACAGAAAUAGGAAGGCUAGCUGCUCGCUACCGUGACCUGGAACACAAAUACCGGCAUCUGUCAGCUCUGGCAAGGAACCAGAGCAUCCUUCUUGUGGAGCUAGAAGAGCGAUGCAACUGGAUCGGACAGUCAUACAGGGCAGAGCGGGAACGACACGGUACAGUCCGCCCUCUCCCACCAAUCAUCCCACAACCACCCCUCCAGAAGCCUGCAGCCCUGCUCCAGCUUUACGGCCCCCACACCAAUGAGAUACAGAGUGAUCAGAACACAAAAACAUUAGCUCCUCCUCAGCCUACGAAGCAAAGUACAGCUCACAGCUCGGACUUCUCAAACAAGCCCUCUGGUCCGUUCACAGACUGUCUGCAGGCGCUAGAAACAGGACACACCACCAGCGCCUUGUACCUCCUGAAACCAGACAACAGCAACCGGAUCAUGCAGGUUUGGUGUGACCAGAGACACGACCCCGGAGGCUGGGUUGUCAUUCAGAGGCGUCAAGACGGUUCUGUCAACUUUUUUAGAAACUGGGCCACAUACAAGCAAGGCUUUGGAAACAUAGAUGGUGAAUACUGGUUAGGACUGGAGAACAUCCACUGGCUGACUAACCAGGGGACCUUCAAACUGCUGGUCACACUGGAAGACUGGUCUGGACGCAGGACGUUUGCAGAGUACGCCAGCUUUCGCAUCGAGUCGGAGGCAGACGCCUACAGGUUGAGGGUGGGCCAAUACCAUGGCAAUGCAGGAGACUCACUUACCUGGCACAACGGCAAGCAGUUUACCACACUGGACAGAGACCACGACACAUACGCAGGUAACUGUGCUCAUUACCAGAAGGGAGGAUGGUGGUACAACGCCUGCGCUCACUCCAACCUCAACGGCGUGUGGUACUGUGGCGGACAUUACCGCAGCUGCUACCAGGACGGCAUCUACUGGGCUGAGUUCAGGGGCGGAGCCUACUCUCUGAAGAAAGUCACCAUGAUGAUACGGCCAAGUGCCAACAUCUUCCACUAACAGACCAUACAUUCAAAACGAGCAGCCUUCAAAGGACAGACAUUACUCCAGAGGGACGUCCUGUGUCCGUCCUCGAGGGACGUCCUGUGUCCGUCUCGUCUUCUCCUGUACUGUUCUGCCUUGUUUGCUUUCUGUUCCUAAAGCAGGUUGUUUUUUGGCUCCUCCUGCUGGUGGAUAUUGAACGAGUCUUUCUUUUGCAACGUUCCCUGCAGAACUUGUUGAUGUCUGAACUCUGUGUAUCCAGUUACUCUACACACAAAUAGUAAACAUUCAGCAAAACAACUGCAAGUCAAAAAUCCUGUUUCUCCGUCUUCCUCAGUCCAAUCUGGCAACAACUCCUCAGGACUCAGUCAAGGUGGAAACAGCGUUCCUAACUUCACGUUUCCUCUUUGGAAAACGCCUGUAAAUAACUUAGCAUGCACGUGGAUUGUACAUCAAAAUGUCCAUUUAACGGUAUAGAGCAUGCUAAAGCUAAUCUGUGACCGUGACAUUAAAUGUUUGUUCUUUUCACAAAUUAGAACAUAUUAAAAUGGACCAUAAACAUCUUCAGAGGAUUUGUCAUUUGUCAGGUCACGCUGACCUCAGAACAGAGUCACAGGGAUUUUCAACACUCCACAAACUGAUUUUCAGGUUUUUCCUCUCGAUUUCACUGCAAAAAAAAAAAAAACUCAAUAAAUAUACUCAGCAUCACAAACCCAGUAUUUUUUGAUUGAUAACCUGUUAAUGAUAAUGAAAUUUGAAUGACAUGGUGCCAAUGUUAGAGAAACCUGGACAUUUCCCGGAGGAUUUGUAGGGUGUUUUAAAGAU